AUGGCGGCGGAGAAGCUUAGGGAUUUGAACCAGCCAAUUGAUGUGGUUUUACUCGAUGCCACAGUCGCUGCUUUCUAUGGCACCGGAUCUAAGGAAGAGAGGAAUGCUGCAGAUCAUAUAUUGCGGGACUUGCAAACUAAUCCAGACAUGUGGCUUCAAGUGGUUCACAUUUUAUCAAAUACACAGAACUUGAACACGAAGUUUUUUGCUUUGCAGGUUCUGGAAGGGGUUAUCAAGUAUAGAUGGAAUGCAUUGCCCGUUGAACAGCGAGAUGGAAUGAAAAAUUACAUAUCUGAAGUUAUUGUAAAGCUUUCGAGUGAUGAGAUAUCUUUUCGCCGGGAAAGGCUGUAUGUCAACAAACUGAAUAUUAUAUUAGUCCAGAUUUUAAAGCAUGAAUGGCCAGCCAAGUGGCGAAGCUUCAUUCCUGAUUUAGUCGCAGCAGCAAAAACAAGCGAAACAAUUUGUGAGAAUUGUAUGGCCAUACUGAAACUUCUAAGUGAAGAGGUUUUUGAUUUCUCGCGGGGUGAAAUGACUCAACAAAAGAUCAAAGAGCUUAAACAAUCAUUAAACAGCGAGUUUCAACUCAUUCAUGAGUUAUGCUUAUAUGUACUGUCAGCAUCUCAAAGACUUGAGCUUAUCAGGGCUACACUGGCCACAUUGCAUGCUUUCCUUUCAUGGAUUCCUCUGGGCUACAUUUUUGAAUCCCCACUGCUGGAAACGCUGCUUAAAUUUUUCCCUUUGCCAGCGUACAGGAAUCUCACCCUCCAGUGUUUGACAGAGGUUGCUGCCCUUAACUUUGGGGAUUAUUAUAACAUGCAGUAUGUUAAAAUGUACAACGUAUUCAUGGUGCAAUUGCAGACCAUUCUCCCACCCACUACAAACAUCCCAGAUGCUUAUGCGAAUGGAUCUAGUGAGGACCAGGCAUUCAUUCAGAACUUGGCAUUGUUUUUCACUUCAUUUUAUAAGUCUCAUAUUCAAGUGCUAGAAUCCACACAAGAGAAUAUAUCUACUCUCUUAAUGGGCCUAGAGUAUCUGAUUAACAUCUCAUAUGUGGAUGACACAGAGGUUUUUAAGGUUUGUUUGGACUAUUGGAACUCCUUUGUUUUAGAGUUGUUUGAAGCACACCAUAAUUUCGAUAAUCCUGCAGCAACUGCACAAUUGAUGGGUCUGCAGAUGCUUCCUGGUGUCGUUGAUGGUCUUGGUUCACAACUUAUGCAACGACGACAACUUUAUGCUGGUCCAAUGUCCAAGUUGAGAUUACUUAUGAUCUGUCGCAUGGCAAAGCCUGAAGAGGUUCUCAUUGUUGAAGAUGAAAAUGGGAAUAUCGUCCGUGAAACUAUGAAAGACAACGAUGUCCUUGUUCAAUACAAGAUCAUGAGGGAAACAUUGAUUUACUUGUCUCACCUUGAUCACGAGGACACUGAAAAGCAGAUGCUGAAGAAAUUAAGUAAACAACUGAAUGGUGAGGAUUGGACAUGGAAUAACUUGAAUACAUUAUGCUGGGCAAUAGGAUCUAUAUCUGGGUCCAUGAUGGAAGAGCAGGAAAACAGAUUUCUCGUGAUGGUGAUUCGUGAUUUACUUAAUCUUUGCGAAAUCACAAAAGGAAAAGACAACAAAGCUGUUAUUGCAAGUAACAUUAUGUAUGUUGUUGGGCAGUACCCAAGGUUUCUAAGGGCUCAUUGGAAAUUCUUAAAAACAGUUGUGAACAAAUUGUUUGAAUUCAUGCACGAAACUCAUCCUGGAGUUCAGGAUAUGGCAUGUGACACAUUCUUGAAAAUUGUCCAGAAGUGCAAGCGUAAAUUUGUCAUUGUACAGGUUGGAGAGAGUGAGCCAUUUGUUUCUGAACUUUUAACAAGUCUUCCAACAACUAUUAUUGAUCUAGAGCCUCAUCAGAUACAUACAUUUUAUGAAUCUGUUGGUAAUAUGAUUCAAGCAGAACCUGAUCCCCAGAAGAGAGAUGAAUAUUUGCAGAGGUUGAUGGAGCUUCCAAAUCAGAAAUGGGCUGAGAUAAUAGGACAAGCACGCCAAAGUGUUGAUUUCUUGAAAGACCAAGAUGUGAUCAGGGCUGUGCUUAAUAUAUUGCAGACAAACACUAGUGUUGCUAGUUCGCUUGGAACAUACUUCUUAUCACAAAUAUCUGUGAUCUUUUUGGACAUGCUUAAUGUGUACAGAAUGUAUAGUGAGCUUAUCUCAACCAGCAUCACUCAAGGAGGGCCAUAUGCCUCUAAAACAUCAAUGGUGAAGCUUCUGCGCUCAGUGAAGAGGGAAACCCUUAAGCUCAUUGAGACAUUUCUAGAUAAGGCUGAAGAUCAACCUCAAAUUGGCAAGCAAUUUGUGCCCCCAAUGAUGGACGCUGUUCUUGGUGACUAUGCAAGGAACGUCCCCGAUGCUAGAGAAUCAGAAGUCUUAUCACUUUUCGCUACAAUUAUAAACAAGUACAAGGGUGCUAUGAUAGAGGAUGUGCCUCGCAUAUUCGAAGCUGUUUUCCAGUGUACCCUGGAGAUGAUUACAAAGAAUUUUGAAGAUUAUCCAGAGCAUCGCCUGAAGUUCUUUUCACUCCUUCGGGCCAUUGCUACGCAUUGUUUUCCAGCUUUGAUCCGGUUGUCAAGUGAGCAACUAAAGCUUGUUAUGGAUUCUAUCAUAUGGGCUUUCCGGCACACUGAACGGAACAUUGCUGAGACUGGGCUAAACCUUUUAUUGGAGAUGCUGAAGAACUUUCAGGUUUCUGAGUUCUGUAAUCAGUUCUACCGGAGUUACUUUCUGACAAUUGAGCAAGAAAUUUUUGCAGUUUUGACAGACACGUUUCAUAAGCCUGGCUUCAAAUUACAUGUCUUGGUACUACAACACUUAUUCUCUCAGGCGGAGUCUGGUCUGUUGACUGAGCCCUUGUGGGAUCCAUUAACAGUUCCUUAUCCAUAUCCAAACAAUGCUGUAUUUGUUCGUGAGUACACCAUAAAGCUUUUGGGUACAUCGUUCCCGAACAUGACAGGGAGUGAGGUGACCCAAUUUGUUAAUGGACUUGUUGAGUCAAGAGCUGAUCUUUCUACAUUCAAGAAUCACAUACGAGACUUUCUUGUGCAAUCAAAAGAGUUCUCAGCUCAGGAUAACAAGGAUCUUUAUGCAGAAGAAGCUGCUGCCCAGAGAGAAAGUGAGCGACAACGCAUGCUUUCCAUUCCAGGGCUUAUUGCACCUAAUGAGAUACAAGAUGAGAUGGUUGACUCAUAGAUGGCUAAUCUUGUUGCGGAAACUAAUUUUGUGAAUUCUAACCCUGGUGUUUGGUGUGGGCACCAGGAGUCAAUUGCUAUAGGUUUUUAUCAAGGUAGGCACAUCCGCAAUUAUUCCCAAUUUUUAUAUCAUGUUCUGCAUUUUCUCAUGUUUUGAACUGGUGAAUCAUGACGGUCUCGGUGCUGAGGCUUGGCUGCUGAUGAAGCCAUUGGCUGGGUGUAGAGUAUUUAGAUUAUAGUGUAGGGAUAUAGUGUCUCAUUGUACGAGUUCCUGAACUCAGCGUGGGAUUGUAAUCCAAGACGAAAGUUUGGACAAGCUGUUGAAAUGACCUCCUUAGGUAUGAGCGCAUCAGAGUAGGUGUAAUGUAUACAACUUUGGCAGGCUGUGCAGACCUCCAUUGUGUUUAUUGGUAAAACAUUUAUGGAUGCCAGGUAUUGGUUGGGAGGCUUGAUGUUCUUGUUCUUUUUUUGGUGGCUAUUAGUGCCACCACCAUGAUGUGUUUUUAUUUUUAUUUUU